AAUUAAAUCAAACAUCAAAUUAUUUAUAUUUGAUAAAUAUUUUCAUUAAAACAUUCAAAUACUUAAAAUAUUUUAGAAAAUAUCUUUAUGGAAAUUUUUUUUACCUGAUUAAUAUUUGAUUAUAAAUUGUUGUAUUUCUUAAUUUAAUUAUUUUAUAAUAGAAAAAAUAUUGUGUUAAGAACAACACAAUUUAUAUGAAUUAUCUUAUUUUAAAAAACUAUGAUAUUAUUAAUAUAAACUUUUAAGAUAACAACACAAUUUGUUUUUAAUUAUAAUAUAUAUAUAUAUAUAUAUAUAUAUAUAUAUAUAUCAUUAAGAUAACAACACAAUAUAUGAAUAAUCCUCUUUUUUUUAAAAAAAUGAUAUUAUUAAUAUAAAUUCGUUUUUAAUUAUAUAAUAUAUAUAUAUAUAUAUAUAUAUAUUCAUCAAGGAUAACAAUGACAUUAACCAGUCUAACUUUUAAUGUGAGAGCUCGGAUGCGAAAAAUCACUUCGCAAAUAAUAGUAUAUAUUGAAAUUCUCUAUACAACUACUGAAUAAUAUCAUUUUGAGAGAAAAAAAUUACAAAAUCAUUAAAAUUCGUAUCAACUGAAAUGCUAGAAUAUAAUGUUUAUAGAAAUUGACAGUUUCGUAUCUUGGCGAACUUAGCCGUGGUUGAGAUUUCUGAAUACAAUAAAUAAUUGUGAUUGGUUAUGAAUUAAGAAAAUUGAGAUAAAAAACAUCACACAGAGUCAGAUCUUUAGUUUAGCCAAAUAUUAUUUUUUACGGAGUUUUCAUAUCAGACCAAAAAUUAGGAAACUAAUAAGAUUGCUAGAAAAAAAAUCAGAAAUCAUAAAGGCUUUAAAAUAAAAAAGUUCAUGAAAUUGAUUGAAAAAAACAAAAUUUAGAUUCCGAUUGAAGAGAUUACAUUAUUUUCUGCUUAACUCUAACACGUUUCACUCGAAUGUAUAGUUUUUUUUAUUAUAUUUACCAAUAUUUUUUUAAUAAAAAUACACGUUAUUGGUUAUAGACAACGUCAGUUUUGCAACAUGCCCAACAAUAUUGACACGAUGUCCAACCAUUUUUAUUAAUAUUCUUAAAAUGUGGUCUAAUAAUUAUGUAUGUUAAAUAAGCUAAAAAAUCUUUUUACAUAUAUUUUGUUUUGCUUUAUAUUAUUAGAAAAAAUUAAGUCUCAGUAAAAUACUUGGAUUUGGAUGUGAAGAACCGAAUCGAACUAGAUUUGAAAGUAAUAUUAAAGACAAACUAAAACUAAUUAAAUACUCAGAUGGAUCUAAAAGUUUAAUAUCCAGAUAACCAGAUAUGAAUCUGAUCCAAACUAAAAUAUUUUGGAUAACAAAAAUAUCUAAAUCACAAUUAUAUAUUUAAAUAUGUUAAUUUUUUAAAAAAAAUUGUAUCUAUUAGAUAUUCAAAAGGUGAAAUAUCUAAAAAUUAUCAGCAUAGUCACAAGUAAAUAUCUAAAAAUAACAGAAAAUGUUCAAAAUACUGAAAAUAUUUAUUUGUUCUCCAUCCAAAUAUUUAAAUUAAACUAAUUUUUAUGUAAAUUUAAAUAAUUAGUCUUACAUUAUUCAAAUUUUUAUGUUUUAAUAUUUUAUUUUUGGAUUUUUAGAAUUUAAUUGUAUUUAGAUUUUUGUUAAAAAAAUAAAUAAUUAAAAUGGGUAACUAAACUCGAAUUUGAACCGAACCCACAAAUCCACAAUGAUUCAACCAAAUCCAAACUAAAAGUUGUAAAUAUUAGAAUACGAUUUAAAUUUCGAACUCUAAAAAUCCGAAAUCCGAAUAGAUCAACCGAAUCCGAACGGAUAUAUGAAUAUCAUCCCUAAAAAACUAUACAACAAAUCAUUUAGUACAAUAUACAAUAAACAAUUUAAUAAACUAUUUCACUUUAUAUAAUAUUUGAUAAAACAUAAUUUAUUGGUUAUUUAAAUAUUACGCAACUAUAUAAAUCCCGCUGAAACCAUUUGAGCAUUUCCUUACCACUUACGCUCUUAUUCUCCUCCUCCGGCACACUCCAAACUUCCUAUUGUCUGAAGAAAUCUCUGACGUGAAGUUUUACUAUUAUUGCGUGAUUUACCAUUUUGCUAGAAUAUAGAUUUCUGAUUCUUGAUUCAUUCUCAAGAAACUGUGAGUAUGGACAACGAGCUGAUUAUGAACACAGAGCUUCACCCACCGCCGGAGAUAGCAGCACAUUUCGAACAACCGUCUUGUUCAUCGCCGAUGCUUAACUGGCCAUUAAUGAACUCGAACCUCUCUCAAUAUUCGCCUCCGCAGGAUUGCUUCACGUGGGAAAAGUCAACGGAGCAACAACAAAAACAGAGCAUCUUCGACUCUGCUUUGAGCUCUCUAGUCUCCUCCCCGACGCCGUCGAACUCAAACUUCUCCGGCGGAGUCGGAGGCGGUGACGGCUUCGUUAUCAGAGAACUCAUCGGGAAGCUUGGUAACGUCGGGAACAGCUCCGCGACUCCGAUGAGCUCCCCACCGCCGAUGAUGAACAGAACGACGCCGUUGACGGAGUUCUCAGGUGAUCCGGGUUUCGCGGAGAGGGCGGCGAGAUUCUCUUGCUUCGGUAGCCAGAGUUUCAACGGAAGAACCAACUCAAGUCUCCCUGUUAACAACAACGGGAAGAUCGUGAACUCGGGGAAGCUGACACGUGUCGCCAGCACACCUGCUCUUAACGGUUUUGUUUCUCCGAUGGUUCCCGCCGGAAAAUUUUCCCGGAAAAGAAAAUCUAUGACGAAAGGAAAAUCCAAGGAGAACCCACUUCCCACUGCUUCACCAGCACCCAGUUUCACAAAGACGGCGGAGGAAAAAGGAGGGAAAAGGAGAAGACGAGAAGACGAAAAAGAAGAUAACACAAAAGCACCUGAGCCUCCUAAAGAUUACAUCCAUGUUCGUGCUCGACGAGGCCAAGCCACUGACAGUCACAGUCUCGCCGAAAGGGUUCGGAGGGAGAAGAUUGGUGAAAGGAUGAAGCUGCUUGAAGAUCUUGUUCCUGGCUGCAAUAAGGUUACUGGAAAGGCAUUGAUGCUGGAUGAAAUUAUAAACUAUGUACAAUCACUGCAAAGACAAGUUGAGUUCUUGUCAAUGAAGUUAUCAUCUGUGAACGACACCAGGCUGGAUUUUAACGUGGACGCUCUUGUGUCAAAGGAUGUGUUUCUUCAGAUGAUUCCAUCAAGUAGCAACCGGUUGCAUGAAGCAGGACUCCAAGCAGAGUCUUUAAGUCAUCAUAGUUACAAUAAUAAUUCACAAUUGCACACUAAUGUUUCUUCCAGUAACAUGAUGCUUCAAUCUCCUGUGAAUUCAUUGGAAACUUCUACCUUAGCCAGCAGCUUCACCCACUUACCAACACUUACCCAAUUCACUGACUCAAUAUCUCAGUAUCAAAUGUUUAGCCAGGAAGAUUUACAGAGCAUUGUAGGGAUGGGAGUGGCACAUAAUCCCAACCAUGAAUCUCAAAACAUGAAAAUUGAGCUUUGAUCAACCACCUUUAUUUUCAAGGUCUCAAGCAAGGAAAAAAAGAAAAAAGAUUGAUGGGCGUACAUAACCACGCCAAUCUCUGUGAUUUAUUCCUGUACUCAUCACUAUACAUAUACACACAUUUAUGAAAGUAACCUACUUAUGUCAUUUUACAAUUUAUCAUUAGGGUUCAAUUGUAUUGUUAUCUUUGGAUUC